GACCAGUAAAGUUGGCUUCGGCGUGCAUGAAUAUCUGAGAGGAGAAGGCAGGGGAGGAGCUUUUAAGAAGUCGAAUGUACUAGCCCGUGUGUGUUAUUUCAGGCCGUUUGGAUCCAACGAAAGAGGCAGGCAGGCACCUGCUUACACCUUUGCAUAUAAAGACCCGAACCAAGAAGGAAGCCAUACAUUUGCUUUGGCAAUAAAUACAUAAACUAAAGGAACAGCAACCCAGUCACAUCUUCUGGGUGAAAAAUAAGAAAUACAGGAAACUACAAGGAGAUGCUUGAUCGGAUUUGAACACGGCUGUAAACCCACCGCGGAUCGUAUUGGGUGUAUUCUGUGCCAAACUCAAAAGGAGAAGACCCCUAGGUUGUGUCAUUGUAUAACUGCUGCUGCCACAGAACAUGAGCAGGUUGCAUGGGGAACUAACUGCACACAACGACUACUUCAGGUUACAGUCAUUUGUAUCACUUCAGAAACCAGCCACUGCCGUUGCUAGGAUCCAAGCUGAUUACUAAUACUGUAGAGGCAGUAUUAGUGAAGCAGCACUACUUAGUGUGCUAAGAAAAAUACCUAAGACUCUUAAUCUGACUUGAAAGGGGCUGCUUGCAGUUUGCCCUGUCUGUAAUUUGCUUCUUAAGGACGCCGACAGCGUGUACUGCUGCAAAGAUAAACUGCUGUGUGACAAAGAGAAUUAUUGCAAAUAUGAUGCAGAUUUCGGAGUCCAACAACCAGAGGCAUUCGCUUUUCAGUGCGAUGAACCGCUUUAUCGGGGCGGUUAACAACAUGGACCAGAUUGUGAUGGUACCAAGCCUUCUGAGGGACGUGCCGCUGGAGUAUGAGGAGAAGGGCGAGGUUAACAACGCUGUAGUAUUAACCGGAGGCAACGGGGCUGCCAGCUACUUGACAGACAGGGACAUGUACAGCUACUAUGUUUUGCUCAAAUCCAUCCGGAACGAUAUUGAGUGGGGUGUCUUGCAGCAGGGAGACGACAGGAAAAAAGAGAAGCUGAGCACCGCCGUGGAUAUCUGCAGGGUCGACCCCCAGGAGGAGGACGAAAACCUGCAGAAACAGUUUCAUUUUCACCUGAGCGGACUCCACACGGUUCUCUCGAAGCUCACGAGGAAAGCGAACACCCUCACCAACCGAUACAAGCAAGAGAUCGGCAUCGGCAGUUGGGGGCAAUAAUGGCUAAUUUCCGCUGGAUCGGGGAGGCGCACUUUUAAUAUGUUAGAUUGCGCCUUACAAAUGGAAACCGCGGAAAACUAGUUAAACACAAUAAUUAUAAUAUAUACUUAACAGUAAAACUACAUUAUUGUUUUUAGUUUUUUCUUAAUUUGUAUCUCUAUUCUUCAAAGCGCUUAGCCUACUAGUUUUUAAAAAAUGUAUUAGGCGUGGUUGUCGGCGGCCUCUCGGUUGAGAUUGCAUCAUUUUAUUUGCACUAGUCUAUUGGUGUGUGUGUGUGUGUGUGUGUGUGUGUGUGUAUAUAUAUAUAUAUAUAUAUAUAUAUAUAUAUAUAUAUAUAUAUAUAUAACAAGAAUGUAUAAUUGUUUUUUUUUCUCACCUGCAUGUGUUAAAAUUAUAAAAUCUAACCGGAACGCACAAACGGGAUUGCAAGAUGCGAUGUCGUACAUUGUCUGUGACGCUCGAUAUUGCUACUACAAUAUUACUAGCAAAAUGAUGUGAGGCUGGAACAAAAAGCCAAUGAACCCAUGUUAUAAAUAUUGUAAGAACUCAUGGAACCAACUGAUCAUUCUAUUUCCUAAUUGUGUAGAGUAAUGAAGUUCUCCAUGACAUGACUGUACAAUAUGAAUGAUUUAAAAAGCUGUAAAAGAUUCUUUAGACUUUCUUUUUUACAUGCUGACAAAGAUUGUACAGAAACAAAUAAAAGUGUGUACGUCUA